CCCAAACAGGGGUGGUGCCGAAGGUCGCUGCUGUCCAGGAGGAGGGGGGGCUGGACAAGAGACCGUGUUUGCCCCACACACAGAGCUAUCAGCUGGGCUAAACGUGGAUAUGAAGAAUCCCAGAAAUAUGGUGUUUCUCUGGGCUCUGGUGCUGCUCUGCUUAUCUGCUCUGCACAGUCACCUACGGUUUUCUUCGGCACAUGCCCUUGAGCAAAAGCAUCUCUUCUUAGAAAAAGAUGGGGAGCUGAAGGAUGUGAAAAGCGCUGGAGUUGCAGAGUCUGCGGUGCUGGAAGCUGUCCCGACCCUGCCGAAUGCAGAUCUGGCAGACUUCACCUAUGACAGCUUCCAGGAGAUCGAUGGACCCAGGUUCCCUUUCAUCACCCCCCCACCAGGCAUGAGGAAUGGGAGGAACCCAGAAGAUGAAGCUGUAGCUGGAGCUGUGGGCUGUCACGAUCAGCAACCAGCUGGGGAAAGUGCUUCUUCUGAAGAGAAGGGAGAGGCUGAAGAUGAAAGUUGUGAGAUGACUUGGAAGAAGAGCCAGAGGCUGGCAGGUGGCUUGAUGAGAUUCAGCAUCAAUCUCCUGAGAGAGGCCCAGGUGGAGUCCAACGGGACCAAUGUGAUCCUGUCACCCCUCAGCAUCGCCCUCGCCUUGUCCCACCUGGCACUGGGAGCAGCAAAUCAGACUGAGAAGCAUUUGCUGGCGGCGAUGCACCUGCAGUCGGUGCCCUGCCUGCACCACGUGCUGGGGACCCUUCGCAGGAGGUUCACAGAAUCCACCCUCAGCCUCGCGUCACGUCUGUACCUGCAGAAAGGAUUUGAGGUGAAAGACAAGUUCCUGGAGGAUUCAGAGAAGUUCUACGGAGCAAAGCCCAUGACCCUUUCUGGGAUGGGCGAGGAUGACCUCGUAGCCAUAAACACGUGGGUAAAGGAAGCAACUAACGGGCAAAUACCCACAUUCCUGCAGCAGCUCCCUGCAAACACAGUGCUGCUCCUGCUCAAUGCAAUCCAUUUCCACGGGGUUUGGAGGAAUAAGUUUGAUGCUAACUUCACUGGGCCAGAUGUAUUCCACCUUGACAGCAAGUUCAUGGUCCCAGUUGAGAUGAUGAAAGCCCAGAGGUACCCCCUGAGCUGGUUUACACUGGAGUCCCAGGACAUCCAGGUGGCCAAGUUUCCCUUCCAAAGUAACAUGAGUUUUGUGGUCAUUGUACCAAACCAGUAUACUUGGAACUUGUCUCAUGUGCUGGAGAACUUCCCUUAUGAACAACUAUGCAGGCUUUUCCCCAGAGAGGUACCCACCACAGUGAAGAUCCCCAAAAUAAAACUGGACUACCAGCUGGAACUCAACAAGGUUCUCAGUCAAAUGGGCCUCCAGGAGCUGUUCACAAGCCCGAAUCUCCAGAAGAUCUCAGAUGAGCCCCUCUUCGUAUCCAGCGUACAGCAUCAGUCUACCCUGGAGCUUAAAGAAGAUGGGGUGGAAGCAUCUGCUGCUACCAGCGUUGCAGUUUCACGCUCAGUCUCUGCCUUCAGCCUUGACCAGCCCUUUGUCUUCAUUAUCUUUGAAGAUGAAACAGGCAUCCCGCUUUUCAUAGGCAGUGUCCAGAACCCCAACCCCAACGCUGCUCCUCAGAUAAAGGAGCCACGGGACUCACACAAAGCAACAGAUGUCAAUGAGUACCCCAUGCCCAAAUAAGUGAGGAGCAGAGUCUAAGUGUUCUGGGACUGCUACCUGACCCUUUGGACCAGCUAAGAGAGGCCUCCUGACCCUGGAGAUCUCCCUCUGAGGCUGCAGGAGGCAAUCCCUUGCUGUUUUCCUUUACAGAUCCCCAGAGACCAGUCCUGGGAUGGCCCAUUUGAUGAGUUUCUCCAGGCUGGGGUUCCCCUCUGUUGAACCUGCCUGAAUUUCCUUUUCAGGCCUCUCAAUCAUAGAAGGGAGCCUUCCUUGUCCCCAGACUCUUAUUAGAGUCUUUAUUAAGCUCCUAUUACGAGUCCCCCAUAGCCUGGAAUCAUUAACGUCUGGCAGCUUGGACAACAGCCAGAGAUAUUAAUAUUGCUCUUCCUUCCGCAGUUCCUGUGAACAUGCCGCCCUCAAAGUGUUCCUCUGAAAACUGUCUGUACCCACCUAGAAAACGACCUCUAGAUCAACUGGACUAGUACCCAUUUGUCUUCUCUAGGAUGCAUCACAGCCAUUGCCAGGCACAGGCUCUUUGCAAAGAUUCCCUUUUCCCACUCCUUGGCUAUUGAGAUCUGGUUUGGGAGGGUCUGCAGUUGGAAACCCCUUUGGAUUCUUAUCUCCAGCCCUUUUCCUGGGAAACGCUAGGUUCUUGGGUAAUGCUAGAUUUUUCAAAACAUAUUUUAUAAAGUGUUUUUUAGUAAUGUUUACGUUGGCAGAAUAAUAAAGAGUAAAGCAGAA